AUGUUCAAAGCCAAAGAAGUCCGUUUUUUCGCCUCUUUUCGAUCCUCGCAUUGGGCGCAGGUUUACUUUUACCUAUCAAAAGUCAAGUACUAUUUUUCGCAACAGGCAAGUGACUUAUUGUGCUUUAUCAUUGAGUAUUUGCCCUUUCGCUCCAAGAUUAAGCACGUCAUUUCCGACUUCAGCAAGCAAAGUGAAGUCACUGAAGCGGCGCCGUUGUUAGUGCGUCUAAAGCAGUUGGAAACCAAUGAGCUGCAACAGGCAAUAUGGAAUAUGCGUUCAGCUGUCUCCUCAAAGAGCAGUCGCUCAAGCGGUUCUAGCACCAGUUUUGUGGAACGCAGCCUCUCCUCAGACACCAGCGGUAUUGCUUCUCUCUCUGGUCUCUCCUCAACUGCAUCGCUUCCUACAAGCCCAUUGCCCUCUUCCAACAGCAGCUUUCGAACUUGUCUUACUGUUGCCCUUCAUGCGGCUGUUGAAUGUACCUGUGACAUCAACGCCUCAGUAAGGCAUCUUGCUCUUCAGACCCUAUCAGAGGUGGCUCAAGUGAUUGGGUUAUUCGACCACACUCUCCUCGUCAACAUAAUCAUGACGCAUAUGAGUUUUGAGCCAACCAUUCUAACCUAUGGCUGUUUGGAGAUACUGCUCAACGUUCUUGUUAAUUUAAAAAGUGGCAAGGUAAGUUACUCAAAAUAA